AGAAGGAGGCCGUAACGAUAACGCACGUAGCCGAACAAAGAAUUAUAAUUUAAUAGUUAUUCUGUACUAUGCUCCCAUUAAUCGCCCCACCAACACAACUUUCACUUCCAAGUUCCAACCACCAGCGAUCAACCUCGCACAGUGGAAUGGAGUACAGGCAGCUGCUACAACUGAAUCCGUGUGGCGGCGUGCAAAAGUUAUCAAUUUAGUCUUCGCGAUCCAUCUUUAGUGGUUACACUGGUAUAAACCGCGUAUGCGUGUGGUGUGUUGUUAUUGUUGUUGUUAUUAAUGCCUAUUAUUAAUUAUUAUUAACAAUUAACUAUUAACAGGUCGUAGCGUCAAAUAAUAAUAAUUGUUGCAAUAUUGUGUUUUCGCUACUCUCGUGUGAAAGUGUGUAGACGUUACCGCGAUCCCGUCCGGCGCCAGUCCUGCUGUAUGCCCCUGCCGUCCAGUCGUCUGUUGUAGUGCGCCCUCUUCAGUAGUUCAGUCUCAGUCAGUCGGUCAGUCGGUCGUUCGGGCGGUCGUUUUCUCAAUUCUCAUUAUUAUUAUUAACGUCAUAGAUGUGGUCGCGCACUGCACCACCUGCAGCCCAAACGACGGCCGUGAAAAUUAGUGCGGCGGAGGCACCGACGACGGCAAAAGCAACAGCAGCGGCAGCUAUGACCUCCGUACAUUGGAGGUGCCGUAAGUGCGUCGCGACCAGCUGAAAUCCGACAUCCGCUGCGGUACGAUUUUUUACGCGACCGCCGUGCGUGUCCGUAUUCCGCGAACGAGUACACGACGUCGGAUAAAAAGGAUAUAUAAGUCUAUUAAAAUCAGUUGCAGCGGUGUCUCGCUCACAGCAGUGCAGUGAUAUCGUAGUGUUCAGUACAUCGACGUUCGCGUGUUUUCGUUGUGCACCCGAACGUCGAAGCGUAAGAGGCGACAUAAAACGCAUCUUCUGUGGUCUGCGGCUGGAUAUCGGCGAGUGUAUAGGGUAGGUACCCAACAUCAAUGCAUCAUCUGCAGUACAGCGUAGGAACAGCACCCCUWUCAAUUCGAACUGCCCUCAGCCAUCAUGGGCCUCCUGUUUUCAAAAAUUUGGAGUUACUUCGGCACCGAAGAGCACAAAAUCGUUAUCAUUGGCCUGGACAAUGCGGGCAAGACUACCAUAUUGUAUCAGUUCCUAAUGAACGAAGUUGUACAUACUUCACCGACUAUUGGCUCAAACGUUGAAGAAGUGGUAUGGAACAACAUUCAUUUCAUAAUGUGGGAUCUUGGUGGGCAGCAGUCCCUCAGAGCCGCUUGGUCAACCUACUAUUGUAACACUGAGUUUGUGAUAGUGGUCAUUGACUCUACAGAUCGAAGCCGUCUGGAUUUGAGUCGUGAAGAACUUUAUAAGGUAUUAAACAAUGAAGAACUAUCUUCAGCUGCAGUUCUUGUUUAUGCUAACAAACAAGACAUGAAAGGUGCAUUAACUGCUGCAGAGAUCAGUAAACAUUUAAACCUGACUUCCAUUAAGAAACAACAGUGGCAUAUUCAAGCUUGUUGUGCAUUGACUGGUGAAGGAUUGUAUCAAGGUCUGGAGUGGAUAUGCAGUCAAUUGAAGAACAAAUAAACGCUUUUGUUGUUAUUAUUUUUUUAUAUGAUAAUUAAAAAAAUYCCUUUUGUAGAUAAUCAAAUGUGUAUAAAAUAUAUUAAACAAAGUGAGUAUAAAUAAUUGUAAUUUAUUA